AUGGUCUUCAACUUGAAGCUCGCUGCCGGCAUCGUCGCUACGACCCUCGCGGUCCUGCAGGCCAACGCCGAGACGCACACCGUCACCUUCGUCAACAAGUGUGGCCGCGGUACUCCCUACUUGUGGUCGCAGACUGGCGAGCUGCUCUCGAAUGGCGCGCCGUGGACCAGCAACGGCCCCGCCCCCGGUCUUAUUGCCUACCUGCAGACCGGUGGCUGCGGCCAGAACGGCGAACAGUGCACCCUCGUCGAAGUGACGCUGGAGAAUGGACAAAGUGCCGCCGACAUCUCUCUCAUUCCCCCCCACGCGUUCAAUGUGGCCAGCGGGUUCGGCUUCUACGACGGCUGCGAUGGCGCGGGCACUGACUGCACCGACGCGAACUGCCCGAAGGCGUACCGCCACCCUAAUGAUAACUUUGCUGUCGUUGGGUGCGGCGCUGACAACGAAAACAUCGCUAUCACCUUCUGCGACUAA